AUGUACGCCGGACGCAAGAGAAGAAAACCGCUCCAGAAAGGAACCAAAUUGACACCAACUGAAGGAGACAAGUCUAACCCAUCUAAACGGCACCGUGACCGUCUUAACUCGGAGCUGGACAGGCUGGCCGGCUUGCUGCCCUUCCCUGAGGAUGUCAUCUCCAGUCUGGACAAACUGUCCAUUUUGAGGCUUAGUGUCAGCUACAUCCGCACCAAAAGAUUCUUAUCAGUGGCGUUGAAAAAACAUCCCUCUAAUGGCAUGAGCCAAAUCACUGACCACCAUGACUGUAAAGUCCCAGAACAGACAGCACGAUGUGUGCCAGAAGGGGAACUGCUACUUGAGGCUCUGAGUGGAUUUGUUUUGGUGAUCACAGCUGAAGGAAUCAUUUUUUACUGCUCUCAUACAAUCCAGGAUUACCUUGGCUUCCAUCAGACAGACGUGAUGAACCACAGCGUGUUGGAGUUGAUCCACACAGAAGACCAGGAAGAGUUCAAGAGGAACCUGGACUGGGCACUAAAGCCUUCCAUUGACCUUGGAUCCCAUUUGGACAUCACAGCAGUAGAUGGAGAGUCCGCUUCCUCCUACUAUAUGAGGUUCAACCCGGAUGAGCUUCCUCCUGAAAACUCGUCCUUCUUGGAGAGAUGUUUUGUGUGUCGUUUUCGCUGCCUACUAGACAAUUCUUCCGGCUUUUUGGCAUUGAGCAUUCAAGGUCGGCUGAAAUUCCUCCACGUGCAGAGUGAACUGCAGUGUGCCAAUAUACCAGGUGCCCCACUUCAGCUCGCUUUGUUUGCCGUCGCCACUCCUCUGCAGUCGCCAGCUAUCCUGGAAAUCAGGACAAAGAACAUGAUCUUCAGAACCAAACAUAAGCUUGACUUCACUCCAAUGGCUUGUGAUGCAAAGGGUAAAAUAGUACUGGGUUACACUGAGGCAGAGCUACGUGUCCGAGGGUCGGGAUACCAGUUCAUCCAUGCUGCCGACAUGUUGCAUUGUGCUGAAAAUCAUGUCAGAAUGAUAAAAACUGGUGAGAGCGGCCUUACAGUCUUCCGGUUACUCACCAAGGACAACAGGUGGAAGUGGGUCCAAGCCAACGCCCGCCUUGUUUACAAGAAUGGCAAACCGGACUACAUUAUUGCCACACAGAGGCCUCUGGUGGAUGAGGAAGGAGGGGAACACCUGAGGAAACGUGCCAUGCACCUUCCCUUCACCUUCGCAACUGGUGAGGCACUUCUCUACCAGACUGGUAACCUGCUUUAUGGCUUUCCAGAACCUCUCACAGACAAAGCCAAAGGCAAGAAGGGAAUCAUGGAAAAGAAGUUCUCAGAGGAUGGACAUCCAAAGUCCUUACUGGAAGCGCUGAUGAGCCAAGAUCAGUCUGUUUAUGUCUGUCAACCAGAUUCAGAGGCUCACAUGUCCUGCCCUUGCAGUACUUUUGGCAAACAGCAAGGUGAGACUGCUGGAUUCGGAAAUGGCUCGCAAAUGAUGGCAAUAUGCAACAGUGAAAAGUCUAUGUGUGACCCACUGUUAACCACCCUGGACUCUCUGUCUCUGGACGGAGAGGAAACAUGCUCCAACAGUGAACUCCUCAGUGCUUUGGAGAACCUCGGUCUCAAUGCUGAGGACCUGGAAGUUUUGCUGUUGGAUGAAAAGAUGAUCGCUGUAGAAAUGGAUUCUAGACAUAUCGCAACACUCUGCGAGCUCACUAACAAUGAUAUCCUCUCAGAAAUUCAUGAUUCAUUUGAGAGUUUGUCAAAUAGAGAAGAACACAAUGACUUUGUUGGGUUUGGACUUUAUGACUUUUCUUCAUACUCUGCUCAAAGUGGCAUCCAACAGGUGCAAGCACACUGUGUACCCACUACCCCCGCCACUCCGUCCUUCAGCGGGCAAGCGCAGCAGCUGCCCAGCAGUACAGGUGGGCUUCGGUUCCUCUCUGGAAGUGUAGACAGCAAUAUCCUUUCUGGAAACAACCACUGGAUGCUUAUGACAGAGAAAGACCACCACCAUGACAACCAUACCCCCCGCCAUUCUUUUGUCAAUGAGGAGAACAAAAACACUAUGUCAACAUUGAACUCAAGUGAGCAUUGGCAGGAAGAGCAGAUGGAAAACAGUCUUACUUUGUUACCAAACUUCCAGAACCUGGACAGUACCUUUACACCUAGUAAACAUACUGCUUUUCUUCAAGAUGUUGACAAUAUCAUAUCAAACACAGCACAUGCGGGUGGCCAAGUUCUAAACGGCACGAAUCUUUGUCCCUAUGAUCAUUUGUUGGACAAUGUGGAGCCAGCCCCACUAGAGGAUCAGCAAUCUCACAAGCUCCAGAAUCUCCCACUCUACACAUCUUUGGCUCCUUCACAGACCGCUGCUUUGGAGCUGGAGCAAUUGGUGACUCUGGCGCAACCUUCGGUCGAGGCCUAUAGUCUGUUCAAUACCAGUAACACCACACAAGGUGCCCACAACCAGCUGGAGAAUGGUUGCCUGCUCAACGUUGCCAAUGCUACCUUCAUCCGGACGUGUCUCAUGUCCAAUGGAAAAAGAGAAGUGGCAGGCAAUAUACAAAUCUCGUGCACUGAUGGACUCCCAGACACUCAAAAGUCAGGAUUUAUCAUCUGA